UGUGUGUGUGUGUCUCCUCCCUGUCAGACCACAGACGCUCCUCGCAGCUCAGAAGUGUCGGGGACGCGGAGCGGGUGCUCGCUGCGGUGCACGCUCCAACAAAACAAAGUAAAAACAGACAAAGUCCGGGACUCGGACAAAACCCUGUUUUUCCGUCAGAGUGCAGUGGGUCCGGGUCUGGUCCGGGUCUGGUCCGGGAUUAAGUGUUUGUGCUGGUUGUCAGGAGCGGGAGGAGCCGCGGAGCGGAGCCGGAUCGAGGAGCCCCCAUGCGGACUGGACUCUGAUCAAUGAAGCGGAUCAUGGCGGAGAGUCCCCGCUGCAAGAGGCGAAAACAGGCCAACCCCCGGAGGAAGAGCGUAUCGAACUAUGAGAACGUGGGGGAGACGGGUUCAGAGACGGACGAGGACGACAGGACACUGGUUGCUGAAGACAAUGGAGGAGGAUUGGGGGACGAGGAGGAGGGGGGCAGCCCUCCCGGUGUGCCCGCUCUGGAGGUGUCGAACCGGGUCGCCCUGCUUUCAUACCAGGGGCAGGGGAUCCCAGAGGGCCGGGAGGGGCAACCGAGCCGACACCACAGCUGUGGACUAAACACCAACGGACACGUGGACAGCACCGACGACAGGAAGGACGAGUGUGAACGAGCCGGACUGCAGGUGUCACUGCAAACUGUCGGAAACAACACAGUGAGACGACUGGAAGUCUCCCAACUGGACGAGUACUUCCUGAAACGUAAACUGGAGGAAGCUCACCCUGCGUCCAUCGCCGAGUACCUACAACGCAGCGACACUGCCAUCAUCUACCCUGAGGCCCCGGAGGAGGUGACGAGGCUGGGAACACCCGAGGCCGUUAGUCCGGACGAGAGCGAACAAGACCUGCCGCCCGGCACACCUGACGACUUUGCCCAGCUGCUCACCUGUCCGUACUGCGACCGCGGCUACAAACGCCUGACGUCUCUGAAGGAACACAUCAAAUAUCGUCACGAGAAGAACGAGGAGAGCUUCGCCUGCCCGUUGUGCACCGACACCUUCGGCCACCGCACGCAGCUGGAGCGUCACAUGACCUCGCACAAACCCCCAAGAGACCAGCCGCCGCUCAGCGAAGAAGCUGGAAACAGAAAGUUUAAAUGCAGUGAGUGUGGAAAAGCCUUCAAAUACAAGCAUCACCUGAAGGAGCACCUUCGUAUUCACAGCGGUGAGAAGCCGUAUGAGUGCUCCAACUGUAAGAAGAGGUUCUCCCACUCCGGCUCCUACAGUUCCCACAUCAGCAGCAAGAAAUGCAUCGGCCUGAUCACCGUCAAUGGACGAUUACGCAACGGAAACAACGGCAAGCCCGGCUCCUCCCCCAACUCCACAACCUCAUCGCCAGAGAGCCCCGCCCUUGCCCAGCUCCGCCACAAACUGGAAAAUGGCAGACCAAUUGGUGCUCCAGAUCAGCAGGGUCAGCUCGACAUCAAAGCCGAGCCGAUGGACUUCAACGAGUAUCGGCUGCUCAUGGCCUCGCAGCAAGGGUACGGGGGACCUGGGGUUCAUCUCAACAGCUGUGGAGGAAGUCCUCUGGGGAUACACAGCUCCUCUCAAAGCCCCCUUCAACACCUGGGAGGCAUGGGACUUGAGCUCCCCCUUCUGGGCUACACAGGGCCUCUUGGUAACAACCUCAGUGAAGUUCAAAGGGUGCUUCAGAUCAUGGACAACACGGUGUGCAGGCAGAAGAUGGAUGGCAACCCAGAGGAGAUCUCUAAGCUCAGGGCCUACAUGAAAGAGCUGGGUGACCAGAUGGAGGAGCAGAAGCAGGUCCAGGCCGGCUUCCAGGUAUUGGGCCACAGCAGCCCAACAAAGAGCAUCAUUGACUACACACUGGAGAAGGUCAACGAGGCAAAAAGUCUGAUUGAUGAUUCAAAGAGGCAACUGGACGUUAAGAAGGAGAAACCAAACCAAUCAAUGGAUCUCAGUGGAGAGGAGAAAUUCCCCCAUGGCCAGAACCAGUUCCUGCCUUUCUCCUGCCAGUACUGCAAGGAGACGUUCCCUGGUCCCAUCCCGCUGCAUCAACACGAGCGCUACCUGUGCAAAAUGAACGAGGAGAUCAAAGCCGUCCUGCAGCCGACCGAGAGCAGUUCUGUGGCUCGCAGGGGAGCGAUGACCUCUGAGCUUCCCUCUAAUGAGCGGGCGACCAGCCCCAUCAACCCCUUCAAAGACCACGUGUCUGUGCUCAAGGCCUACUUUGCUAUGAACACUGAGCCCAACUCAGAGGAACUGCUCAAAAUUUCGAUUGCUGUUGGUCUUCCUCAAGAGUUUGUAAUGGAGUGGUUUGGCCAGUGGAAGAGUCAAAACCACCACCGAAGCAGUCUGAUGAAAAAGUCUCCCCCUCAUGAUUGCAGUGGAUCAGACAAGAAGCACAGCUUGAACCAGUCACCAAUGUCGUUUCCUGUUUUCGAUUUACAUGGAGGCUUCGCUAACGGCAGUGCCAACCACAGACUCACAAAAGGGAACAAGUUUACAGCCAACAGGCAGACAGCAGGUGACAAACCAUUAGACCCCUUGGACCACUUGAGGAGCAACACUCCAUCACCUCUCAACCUUUCCUCUACUUCCUCCAAAAACUCUCAGAGUAGCUCGUACACUCCAAACAGCCUAGCUUCAGAGGAUGCCCAUGGGGAUAUACCACUAGACCUGUCGCUGCCCAAACACAUGGCCCAGAGGCUUGCCACUCUCGGAGAGAAGCGACCCAGACAGAACGGUUUCAUCAUCGAGUACAGCGGACAUGCGAAAGUACGAGAACAAGGGUCCAGUUCUUUAGACCUGGUCAACAUCAAGAAGGAAGUACUGGGCUCUGAAAGUGGAGGGACCUCUGUCCACCAGCUGGAGAAAAGCACCAGUCCAAUCUUUGGGAUUAAUCCCUUCGCAGGCGCUUCUGUCUACACCUCCCUGCCACCACAUGGAGCUUUUCCUCCACCCACCUUUAUGUCUUCUGCCCAGGCCACCAUCCCAGGCCUCAGACCCUACCCCGUCCUUGACCCCAUGAGCUUCCUGCCCCACAUGGCCUAUACAUAUGCCACUGGAGCAGCCACGUUUGCUGAAAUGCAGCAGAGGAGAAAGUAUCAACGGAAACCAUGUUUCCAGGAGGAGCUGCUGGACGGGACGGUGGGAUAUCUGUCGGGUCUGGACGACCUGACAGACAGCGAUUCGCUGCUCUGCAGGAAGAAGAUUAAGAAGACUGAAAGUGGUAUGUACGCGUGUGACUUGUGCGACAAAACAUUCCAGAAGACCAGUUCCCUCCUAAGACACAAAUAUGAGCACACAGGAAAACGCCCUCACCAGUGUCAGAUCUGUAAAAAAGCCUUCAAACACAAGCACCAUCUCAUCGAACACUCACGCCUGCACUCCGGAGAGAAGCCCUACCAGUGUGACAAGUGCGGCAAACGCUUCUCACAUUCGGGUUCGUACUCGCAGCACAUGAACCAUCGCUACUCAUACUGCAAGAGGGAGGCAGAGGAGCGUGAGGCAGCAGAGAGGGAGGUGCGGGAAAAGGGCGGAGGAGGAGGCAUGGUGGUGGGAGGUGUAGAGACCACAGAGCUGCUGAUGAGGAGGGCCUACCUGCAGGGACUGGGGACACUUGGAUAUUCAGACCUUGAAGAACAGCAGGAGGACGGCGGCUGCGAUUUGAUCCUGAGGAAUGGCAGCGAGGGACGAGGAGGAGGGGAGAAGAGGGAAGUGGACAGGAAGACGUACGAGGAGGUGAUAGACCGACAGGAAGCAAGUUUCAGGGAAAGAGAAGAAGAGGAGGAGGAAAGCGACAGCAGGAGCCAGAUGCACUCGACGAAGGACGAGGAUCGUGAAGAUGCGACGCAGCCGAUGGACGAGAGUUCACGAGAAGGGAAGACAGACAAGCAGACGGAGCAGGACGACUGAUCUAGGAAAAAAAUAGCUUUGGAACAUUUGUGUUGACGUGAUUCAUUAAAGAGGCUGUGCAGACAUUAUCAGUGGGUUAUAUGAAAUAUUAGGAAAUAAAUAUGUUAUCUUCAUACAAAGGUUUUUAGACUUUUAUAUAUACAUAAUUUAAUAUAAUAAAUGUUAAAUAUGGAUCAACUAUAAAACAAAAAAAUAUCUCUUUUAAUCUGAUCAACGUCACCACUGUGGAUCUCGUCUGUUUGUGAAUUGUGAAAAGGACUUGGAGAGAAAACUAAAUAAAAGACAAACCUAUAACACAGAGGAGACAUGAUUGAAAACACAUGUCAUCAUCAAUCAAUUAUCAAUUUAUAUGAAUAACCUCAAACACAGUUAAUCUGAGGCAGAAAAACAACAUCUGAGGAGCUGAAUAAAAGAGUGAAACAGUUUACUCCUCAUGAAUAAAGACAACGCUCAUUAUUAAAUGUUUAUGGGGGGGGGCUGCAUAAUCUCUGGACAGUCUCUAAACACGUUGUGUUUAAAACUCCACAUUAUGCAAAAAAUAGAUAAAGAAGUGAUGAUGUUUGUUUUAAUGAUGUAAAUGUUUUCAAAGCCUAAAAGCUGCGUGGUGCUAACAUGUUCUUCACUUCCUGUGUCAGAAAAACCAACAUCUGGAAAUGAACUGAACUCGACUUCCUGGAUCACUACAAGAUAAAAGUGAAAAGAGUUGUGGAGUCACAUCCCGUCAGUGUUAUCGUUGUAUUUCUGUCAUUUUAUUUACUGUGAUGCUUUUUUAUCCUCUUUUAUUAUUUUUCACAACUAACUUUGGGCCUCUGGAUGUUUUCUAUAUGUGAAGGAACAUUUAAACCUGAGUGAUUGUUGAUGUGAGUCUUAAAGAUGGAGGAGGCACAGGAAAAUGAAAGUGCUCCAUUAGAGAAAAGGAAAUAAAAAGGAGAAAAGCCUUAUAUGCAAACCUGUUCCCUGUUUCUGCAAAGUGCCAUCCCUGUGAACGUCCUCCACUGGCUUCAGUAUUAAUACUGGAGAAUAUUCAUCCUGGUUCUGAUCCGUCACUAUUAGAGAAGUAGAUGGAACUUGGUUAGUUAACAUAUGUUUGUGCAAUUCUCUGUGUUUUUCCCUGGUUUUGUUCCACAACAGUAUUUUUGUCAGUAUUAUAUUUUAGUUUUUGUGGAAUUUUUCAACACAAAUUUCUUUUUUAUUUUAUGUGAGAAUUAAAAGAACGCUUCGCACGUCCAUCUGAUGGAACAGCUGCGUAGGAGAGGGAAGAGAUCAGAAACUCGCCCACUGUCCACACCAGUGAUUUAUUAUGCUGCGACGCUACCAGACCUUCACCAGGCAGGUGGAUUGAAGUUGGAUAGUGGGCUGGAGCUCUUUUGCAGUUUUUUAUUUGAGAAUUUACCAUUUUAUUUAUGUGACUCAUUUUAUAUUUCCUCAUUUUAUUUAUUUCAUACUGUAGUGUACAGUAUUUCAGUUCCUCACAAAUAGAUAUAUUUUAGUAAAAUGUUUCUGUCAUUGACUAUUGGAACAAAAAUAUGAUUACAGAUCUUUACAGAAAGUUUUCUUUGUUUCUUUGUUUUCUUUUGUUUUUUUUGAAACCACUAAAAAUCCUAAAUUCGAGGAACCUUUGAUACGAUUAUUGUUAAAACACUGUAUUUUUAAAAGUUAAAUCCACUUCAUCCCACUGAAGAGGGGAUGAAGGACUGAUGAUGAUGAUGGUGAAGGAAGUUCUAAAAUGUAAAAGUAUUAAAUGUCUGAAGUAUUAUUAUUGAAAUUUUAAUGUCUCUUGGAAAUGAACAAGAAUAAAUGUAGCCAAGUUAAAUUUUAAUAAAGUUGUGUUUUUCAAGGAA